GUCGGUACAAAUAGUCGCUAGGAUCCUACGGGGGACGCAUUUUACCUUCUCCAUAGCAAGGUGCACCAUGCGGCUCUGGGUGUUGUGUGUGCUGGUGUGUGGUGGUGUGAGGGCCCAGGAGAACUCCCCCGUCGCCGCCGCUGACUCUCCCGCCGACCCUCUGCCAGCUGAACCCGCGGCCACUACUAAAGAUGAUCCCAAGCGAGACAAGCGGCAGUGGUAUUUCUCUGGUCCCUUCCCUGGCCCAAUCCCCGGUCCCCAGCCUAUCCCCAUUCCCCGGCCUGUCCCCGGUCCCAUGCCUGCCCCCAUUCCUCGGCCUGUCCCCGGUCCCAUGCCUGCCCCCGGUCCCCAGCCUGUCCCCGUCCCUCACCCCUUCCCUGUGCCUCGUCCCGUCCCUGUUCCUCGUCCCGUUCCUAGACAAGGACCGCAGUUCAGGACCCUUGACCAGGGUUUCAACAACAGAGAACAGUUACAGUGGGAUGUCAACGAUGGUGUACCUCUGUCACAGCUCGUCAACCAUCACCACCGUCAGGAGCAGUUGCGGCAGGACCAGUGGUACAGGCAACAGUGGCAGGGACGCCAGCUGUUCCCUGAUGUAAUAGACGCCGCCGCCCAUCAAGGUCCUGACGUAGUGGACACCAGCCCACAGCUCCGCACCAGACACCCAGCAGCUCCCGGGUCCGGUUUUCAUUACCCAGGUGGAUCUUGGGGACCUUCCUGGAACAACUACCCCUUCCCCUAAUCACCUCCUGUCAGCAGGUGUUGUCUCCUUCCUCCCCUGAGCUGAAUCCCUUCUCUCUCUGCAGUGUGUGGCGGAGACAGUGUUCAGUGACUCCCUAGUUAAGACCACACAUUGUUAGGUUAGUGUCGUUUACUGGUACACUAGUAGACUGGGUCGGGGCUACUAUUGUUCAGCUGGACUCAUCGAUGGUAGAGAGUAGACGUCCCUCGCCUCUACUCCAGCACAGUUGUUACCAAUGGUCAGUGUAUACAAAGCUUAUAAAUAUAUGUGUGGCUUAAUAAAACUUGUAAAACAAGAA